AACGACCUAUUGCAAAAAUUAAUAACUAGUAAAUUUUCAGUAAAAAUUUAUAGUUAAACGAAUAAAAAAUAAAAAUUGUAUCAUUUAAAUCGUGUGUUUGAAAUAGUAUGCAAGGAAUUGGACAAUUUGGUUGUGCACGGGUCGAUUCUGGGUCCGUACAUUAAAUCGUGCUUUUUGGAACGUAUAGAGAAGUUACUGGAAGAUUCAGAACAAGUAUAUACGAUAGUGGAUGUGGAUAGUAUUACGUGCGACAUUGAUAAUACAAUUUUUCAUUUCUAUCGGCAUAUUUAACUUUUUUCAAUAUGUCAGACUGGAAUACCGCUCCUAUUACAUUACGGAAACGUCCACCAAAAGCUUCAGUACUUAAAUCAGAACAGGCAGUAAAUGCUGCACGUCGUCAAGGAUUUGUGAUCGAAACACAAGCAAAAUGGGGUGGAGGAACAAAUAAACAACAUGUAGCUACUAAAAACACAGCUAAGUUGGACAGAGAAACAGAAGAAUUAAAACACGACAAAAUUCCACUUGAUCUUGGUAAAUUAAUUCAACAGGGAAGACAAAGUAAAGGAUUAUCUCAGAAAGACCUUGCGACAAAAGUAAAUGAAAAAGCUCAGGUCAUCAAUGAUUACGAAGCAGGUCGCGGAAUUCCAAAUCAAAUGGUGAUUGGCAAAAUAGAGAAAGUAUUGGGAAUCAAAUUGCGUGGUAAAGAUCGUGGUAAACCAUUAUCACUUCCUGGGAAUAAAAAGUGAAUCUUGAGAGGAACAAUCUGUAUUUCUUACCUUUAUAUAUUGUUCCCUACACAGAACUGCAAGAAAUAUUGUAGGAUUGAGAAUGAUUCUCACACUCUUUACCUUUAGUUAUUUUAUUAUAUACUUUAAAAUAAAAUAUUAUUUUAUUAAAUAUAUUUCUGUCUAUUGUAAAGUAGGUUGUUAUAGUACGCCUUUGUGUACAGAGUACAAGGAGUGCAUUCUUAUUUAAUUUUUAAAAGUUAUAUAUGUGUUCAGUCUUCAAGUAUGCAAACAUUAAUUUAUGAAUUAUAAUUUGUGUACUGUUUUGUUAUAUUUUUAAAGUACAUCCGACUACUAUCAUUGUGAUAUACAUCUAUGAAUAUUUUACAAUUUGGUUAAUGUAGGCUAAAUAAAAUAGUAUUAAUGCAAAUAGAAGUAAAAGGUCUAUAUGUGUAUGCAUACAAAUCAUUGGUUUGAUAGCAUUUAUACACACAUACACACUCAUUUCAAUGUAUAAUACGAUACAAAUCACAAUAGUUGUAUAUAAAGAUAAGAAAUUAUUAAAUAAAUAUUAAUUAUACUUU